CGGAAGCGCUGUGAGUGGCUCUGACGCGUGUGAACAGCGCUGAGUGUGAGUUGUUUUGGAGUUUUUCCUCCUCUCAGCGAUGCAUGUGUUGAAUUAGAUGGACGCGUCAGAGGAGCGCGAUGACGCGGACCUGCGGGCUCAGAUCGAGGAGAUCGAGGCGCUGUCCUCCAUCUACGCGGAGGAGUGGUGUGUGAUCGAUGAAGCGGCCAGAGUUUUCUGCAUCAGAGUCUCAGAUGACUCGCAGCGGCCCAGACUAACGCUCUGUUUACAGAUCAUACUUCCUCCAGAUUACCCGAGCUCAGCGCCUCCGAUAUAUCAGAUCAACGCUGGCUGGCUCAGAGGAGCGGACAGAACGACUCUGUCCAACAGUUUAGAGGAGCUGUAUGUGGAGAAUACAGGGGAGAGUAUCCUGUACCUGUGGGUGGAGAAAAUAAGAGAAUUCCUCGCAGAAAAAUCACAAAGUGCAGAGGGACCAGAAAUGGGUAAGACGGUGACAACAGAGGAAGAAGCUCAUGACUACGACGAGGACGAUCUUCCAGACUACAGCAUGCUAAAACUCGCCAACCAAUCAGCUCAGCUCCUCUCCAGUGCUUCUGGUGAUGAAGAGUUGCCACUGAUUAAACACGGGGAGACAAUCACGGAUAGACGGAGCACAUUCCAGCCUCAUUUAGCCGCGGUGGUGACUCCUAAACAGGUUCAAAGGGUUCUGAAUCAUUUAUAUGAAAACAAGAAGAUCGCAAGUGCCACUCACAAUAUCUAUGCAUACAGGAUCUACUGUGAGGAUAAAAACUCUUUCCUGCAGGACUGCGAGGACGACGGAGAAACCGCAGCGGAAUCUCUCCUAGCUAAAGCCAGGAUUGACUCUCAUCUGAUGUUUCAGACUGUUGGUUUACAUCUAGAUGAGAAAUGUGGCGCUAUCCUGGAUGUGCGUAACGUGCUGGUGGUGGUCUCUCGGUGGUACGGCGGGAUCCUGCUGGGCCCCGACCGCUUCAAACACAUCAACAACUGCGCCAGGAACAUCCUCAUUCAGGAGGGUUACACCGACACUUCAGAGGAAACAUCCAAAGCUGGAGGCAAGAACAAAAGACCUAAGGGCAAGAAGGCAAAAUAAAAAACCUUCCUGGAACAGAUGAGACCUGGAAUGAAGACUUGCGACUACGAAUGCUGAAGGAUUCUGACAAAUAAAAUAACCUGAAAAUGCUGUAUUACUGUAUUCAGUGUUAUAGUCAGGGUUAAACAACUUGAAAGUCAUACCAAAAAUGGUUUUGUAUGCAGUUGAGUUUAAUGGUCUGUUGCUACGCAUUGUCACACUAAGUGCUUUGUCUUAUGAAUAAAGAUUUUAUGAAUUACAAA